AUGGGUCCUUCCGAUGGUCCAUGGGUUCGGUCUAUGGGGUUUUCGUCUAUGGGGUUUCCGGUCUAUAGGGUUUCCGUCUAUGGGGUUUCCGUCUAUGGGGUUUCCGUCUAUGGGGUUUCCGUCUAUGGGGUUUCCGGUCUAUGGGGUUCGGGUGGAAGAGACUCGUUCCUCCUCGAUAGGCUAGCUACUAUAGAGGGCUCGAUGUGGACUGGUCGAUACGGAAGACGGACGGGCGUCCACGAAAGAUCCCGAUACAAUCACGUUCGGGAUCCGAUCCUACGGGCCGUGUUGCACGCACGCGCGCGUGUUCCCAAUCGUCCCGCAUCGGUUGGGUCUCCAACGGUCGAUGGUUCGUCACGUCCGACACGGGCAACCAACAAACUGGAAACCGCUCUCGACCCAAUAGUACCUAUUCGCGUGGAAACCGUCGUACCCCUCCUCGUCGUUCCAAACCCCUCGUGUGCGAUUCCGCGAACGCACCGGAGUGCGCGUGUUGUACCAGCCUACCGAGCCUUCCCACACACCCGCGAUACACAAAAAACCAGUGACUUGCCCGGUUCGUUUCUUUGGCAGGUAUUCGCGUGUAUUCCAUUCUCGACCAUCCUAGUGUACCCGCAACACCAUACUCGUCUCCCAUUCCAAGGUAUAAGUAUGGUAACUCCCGUUCCGCACAAUCCCUUCCGUACGGAAGGCAAGGAACCGUGGCGUCGUCCGGGAGGACCGUCGGGGGGUCCACCACCAUUGCAUCAUCCACCCCAUUCGUCUCGUGCGUGGACUGUGUGGGUAACCGUCCUCACCGUCGUCACGGCCACGGCGUGUGUUUUGGGCUACGGCCGGCCGUCACCCACCAUUUCCACCACGUUGACAACGUCGUCGUUGCCGAACGCACCGACGCGUCCACGAUCCGCUGGAGGCGUGCGGGGACAAUCCGCACGAGCCAGUGACGCCGUUGUGGGGGAGACGUCCGCACGAGUCGGUACGAGUCCGGAAGCCGCGGAACAAGCAGAACAACGCACCGACGAAGCCACGUGGGAAGAAGAACGAUUGGCGCGGGAACGAGUGCGUCCGGAAGACAAGUCCUACGUGAAUCUCUUUCCCGCCGACGUGACCAGCAAGCAUCUUAUUGAUGCGGCCAAGGGAAAAGUCAAGAAACGCAACGAUAAACAAGAAGUGCUGACGGGCGAUCACGUCUUUGGACGGGAUCCGGAAGAAGCAACCGACGAGGAAGAAACGGAAGAACAGAAGGAGCGAGAGGAACCGGUUGUCGACGAACCAGACGAACCCAGACAGGCUCCCGAAGUACAACUGGUUCAUACGGAAAAAAUGGUAGCCGAAGUAGCCGCAGCGGAGGAUGAGAAACAGAAACAGAAUGCCCAGGACAACACCAAUCCUGAACUCCGAGACUCAGUCGCCUCGGCAAAGGCUCUUGCGUCGUCCGAGGCCAACAGCACUAGUACUACAGCCAACAACAACAACAACACUACGGGCAGCGAACCAAUGGGCACCUCCGAGGACGCGUCCCAUAAAGUUGACUCGCAACCGGCUCCCACGGUAGUGCUCCCCCGGGAAGACGCCAUCCGCGAAUCGUGACGACGUUAAGACACUGUUUCCGGGAGACGCGUCCCUUUGCAUACCUAAUGCAUCUUUAUACGUUAUCUCUUUAUAUACACAC